AUGGUCAACUCUUGUUGCGGCUCUGUCUGCUCUGAGGAGGGAUGCGGCCAAGGCUGUUGCCAGCCCAGCUGCUGUCAGACUACCUGCUGUAGGACCACCUGCUGUCGCCCCACCUGCUGUGUGUCCAGCUGCUGCAGACCCAGCUGCUGUGUGUCCAGCUGCUGCAGACCUAGCUGCUGCAUUUCCAGUUGCUGCAGGCCUUGCUGCCGCCCUACCUGCUGCAGACCCAGCUGCUGUGUGUCCAGCUGCUGCAGGCCCCAGUGCUGCCAGUCUGUGUGCUGCCAGCCCACCUGCUGCCGCCCCAGCUGCUGCCGCCCCAGCUGCUGCAUCUCCAGCUGCUGCCAACCCUCCUGUGGUGGUUCCAGCUGCUGUCGCCCCUGUUGCCGUCCCUGCUGCUGUCUGAGACCAGUCUGUGGUCAGGUCGGCUGCCAAACCACUUGCUACCGCCCCACCUGUGUCAUCUCCACCUGCCCCCGCCCCAUGUGCUGUGCCAUCCCCUGCUGCUGA